GGCUGCGGCUCGGCGCAGACCGUGUUGGCUUCUCGGUACGUUGCUUCCAUCGCAGGCAAACCUGUCAUCUUCGUAUCGUAGGUUUAGGAUUUAAGAAAGAAAAAGCGGAAGUCGAAGACUGGAAGGCUCGUAGAUUCUUCGCGCAGGGCCGGCUCAAUUUAGCCCCCUGAUAUUGGUUCAAUUUACUGUUUCUGCCAAGUCUGAAAGGGAAAACAAGGAAAAAAAAAAAAAAAAAAGUAGAGAGAAAAAGUAUUCGUCUUGUUGGUGGUUGUUGCAAGAAAAGUAAAGAGAUACUGGCGGCAGACUUCCCUUUCCUUUCCUUGCCCUUUCCCUUUCCUUCCUUUGCUUUUGUUCUUCGCCGGCGGUGUGUUUUCAGAUUAGAUCCGGUCGGGUGAGAUUGGAUUAGGUCAGAUCUGAUCUGCUGACCCUCUGUUUGAAUCAACGGAACUCAUCGGCGUUUUGGCGGUUCUUUACUGUGAAUCGUACUGCGAUUCUUUCUCAAUUUGAAAUUUGGAGGAUUUGUUUGGGCGAGAAGAAGCUUUGCGAUGGGGCCCUAGAAGUCCGUGAAGAGGUUUGAGGGUUCAUAUUUUGAUCGAUGGACGAGGUAGGCCCUCAAAUAGCAUCUCCAUUAUUCAUUCACCAGACUCUGCCUGUUAGAUACUGUGAGGGAAAUCCCAUGGCUAAGAAGCGUGGUCUACCAAUUCAGGCUCCAAAUUUUCAGCAGCAGUCACAGUUCACCUCAGGGUUUCAAAUUCGUGAAGGCAGCUGGAAUCCCAAGGAUUGGGGUUGGGACAGUGCAAGAUUUGUUGCUAAACCAUCAGAGUUGGAUGUAUUACAAGUUGGUAGUGCAGGGCCACUCUACUCUGAUCAACAGAAAGAAACAGUUGGUGCAAUUGGUGAGGUUGCUAUGUCACAGAAGAAAGGCCAUGUCAAUGAAGAUGAUGAAAACCUUUGGUUGAGGCUAGGUGGUGGCUUGAAUUCAUUGGACGAGCACAUGUCAAGGCCCAGUAAGAGAGUCCGAUCUGGAUCUCCGGGUGGUGGCAAUUAUCCAAUGUGUCAAGUUGAUAACUGCUGGGAGGAUCUGUCGAAUGCGAAAGACUAUCACCGGAGGCACAAGGUAUGUGAGGUUCACAGCAAGGCAAGCCAAGCCUCAGUGGGAAAACAGAUGCAAAGGUUCUGUCAGCAGUGCAGCAGGUUUCAUCCUCUUUCUGAAUUUGAUGAGGGAAAGCGAAGUUGUAGACGUCGACUUGCUGGACACAACCGACGGAGAAGGAAAACUCAGACAGAGGAUGUUUCCUCUCAUACCGUACUUCCUGGAAAUAAUGUUAGUGCUGGCAAUGGAGAUUUGGAUAUUGUUAAUUUGCUGACAACUUUAGCUCGUAUUCAAGGGAAUAAAGAGGUCAAAUGCACAGAUUAUUCUUCAGUAGCAAACAAGGACCAGCUCAUUCAGAUUCUUAGGAAGAUAAAUUCAUUACCUUUGCCAAAGGGCCUGGAAGUUAAGUUGCCUGUGCCAGGAAAUUCAAUUUGGGCCCUUCAAGAACAAGUACCUUCUGACAACCUGAAUGCAAUGAAUAGAAAUUUGGCUUCUCCAUCAACGAAGGACUUGCUUGCUGUUCUGUCAGCCACUCUGGCGGCAUCUACUCCUGAUGCCCUUUCAGUACUAUCUCAAAGAAGCAACCAGGAAGUUGAAGCUAAGAACACCAACCCCACCUGUCUGAACAAAGCAUUAAGUCUUAAUAUGCAAAAGGCAGAAUCUCUCAAGUUUCCUAUAGUUGGGGGAGAAAAAAGUAGUACUAGUUACCAGUCCCCUGUUGAAGAUUCAGAUUGCCAAAUUCAAGAAACUAGAUCAAAUUUACCUUUACAGCUAUUUAAUUCUUCAACUGAAGAUGAUAACUCAUCAAAACUAGCAUGUGCAAGAAAAUGCUUCUCUUCCGACAGCAGUAAUCCCAUUGAAGAGAUAUCACCUUCAUCUUCUCCACCUGUUGUGCAAAAUCUGUUCCCAGUGCCAACUGCAAGAAAGCCCGAGUCAGGGAGGGUAUCAACUGGUCUAGAACUCAAGGCAAAUGUGGAAGGCAGUACAACUCAGGGCUGUGUAACAUCAAUUGAGGUUUUUGGAGGGUCAAAAAGAGGUUUCCUUAAUGGUCCAUUCCGAACUUUUCCAUACCAAGAAGGGUCAACAUCCUCAUCUGGAUCUGAUCACUCACCUUCUAGUUCGAAUUCUGAUGCUCCGGAUCGCACUGGAAGAAUGAUAUUCAAACUGUUUGGGAAGGAUCCCAGUCAAUUACCAGGAACAUUGCGGUCACAGAUCUACAAUUGGCUUUCUUGCAGUCCAUCUGAAAUGGAGAGUUAUAUUAGGCCUGGAUGCGUAGUUUUAACUGUUUACAUAUCAAUGCCAUCUUCUUCUUGGGAGCAACUUGAAGAAAACCUUCGCCAUUGUAUCAAUUCUUUGGUUUGGGAUCCUGUUACUGACUUUUGGAGAAAUGGAAGGUUUUUGGUUUAUACAGACAGGCAGCUAGCAUUGCAUAAAGAUGGAAAGAUUCACCUCUGGAAAUCCUGGAGAGCAUGGCAUCCUCCAGAGAUAAUAUCAGUAUCUCCUUUGGCAGUAGUAGGUGGACAAGCGACUUCUCUUUUGUUGAAGGGGCGGAAUUUGAACAUUCCGGGCACCAAGAUUCACUGCACACAAAUGGGUGGUUAUAUAUCAACGGAAGUUUUAGGCUUCUCCAGUGAGGAAACUUUAUAUGAUGAGAUAAGCGUGGUCAAUUUUAAAAUUCGCGGGGCAAAUCCUGGUACCCUAGGUCGCUGUUUCAUUGAGGUUGAGAAUGGUAUCAAAGGCACCAGUUUUCCUGUAAUAAUAGCUGAUGCCACCAUCUGUCAAGAAUUGAGACUACUUGAGUGUGAAUUUGAUGAAGAUGCUGAAGUACAUGAUACUAUUCCAGAGGAACAGGUCCGCAAUUCUGAACAACCUAGGUCAAAGGAAGAUGUCCUGCACUUUCUAAAUGAGCUUGGGUGGCUAUUUCAAAGGAAGAGAAGCGCUUAUGUUGUCGAGGUUCCUGAUUAUACACUUGUUCGGUUCAGAUUUCUAUUCAUAUUCUCGGUUGAAAGAGACUGCUGUGCUUUGGUCAGAACGCUCCUAGACAUUUUGCUACACAAAGAUUUAAAUGGAAAGCAGCCAUUGAAAGAGUCUUUGGAUAUGCUGUCAGAGAUUUACCUUUUGAACAGGGCAGUGAAAAGGAGGUGCAGAAACAUGGUUCACCUGCUCAUUAAUUAUUCUAUACUUGGUGGAAAGGAUAGUUCAAACUACAUCUUCCCACCCAAUCUUGUUGGACCCGCUGGUGUUACACCUCUGCACCUAGCUGCUUCUUUAUCUGGUUCAGUUGAUAUGGUUGAUGCUCUGACAAGUGACCCGCAGGAGUUUGGGCUGCAUUGCUGGUACUCUGCCCUGGAUUCAAAUGGGCUGUCUCCAUAUGCAUAUGCCACAAUGAGGAACAAUCACUCAUAUAACAAUCUGGUGGCUCAGAAGCUUGCUGACAGGAAAAAUGCUCAAGUUUCUGUAUCAAUUGGGAAUGAGAUAGAGAAACAAUGGUUGAGGGUGAGUCAGGAGCACCAGGAAAGUUCCCGCCAGCUCAAGCAAGGGCAAAGUGCUUGUUCAAAGUGUUCUGUUGUGGCCAAAAGAUACAGCAAUAGGAUAACUGGUUCAAGAGGCUUGCUUCACUGGCCAUACAUGCAUUCGAUGCUUGCCGUAGCUGCUGUCUGCGUAUGUGUCUGCCUAUUUUUACGAGGCCAGCCUGACAUUGGUUUAGUCGCACCCUUCAAGUGGGAGAAUUUGAGUUACGGCUCAAUUUAAUUUGAAGCUGACUGUAUGCCUAUAUUAGAUAAGGAUGAAAAACUUAGUAGUAACUUAAUCGGAGAUGAGUUCAGUUGCCGGAUGCCCAGAAUGUGGUGAAACCAGGGAAAGACUUAUGCACUUUGAUAUUAUUAUGACCCCUUAUCAUCAUGAGGAUUGAGAAGGGGCAAGUGGCAUGGCCGAAGAUAAGCAAGCAUUCUAAUUGCAGUACUGGAUGUUGAUACAUUCCCGAACUUGAGAAUGAGGACUUCUCUUCAUGCCAUUUAUCAUUCUAUUGGAUUUAGGAAACUUUGAGCUUUGAAAAUCGUGGUAGUUGCAAAUGGGGAUGCACUGGUGGAACAAGAAGCGAUAGAAAGGGGGGAAGUACUGAACUGAAAGGAAACCUUCAUGUGAAAGUGAAGCGCACAGCCCCUUCAGAUAGUCUGCCUUAUCUUGAAUUUGGCGGUGAGAAUUCCCCUUUGUUCUUUUUUGGAUGAUAUAUAGUGUAGAAAAAUACAAGGCAUUAGGAUUGAUUUCGUUACUGUAAAGUCAAGUCAAUCAAUAGGAGCAUUAGGAAUUGUGAUAUUUACAUAUAUAGUUGAACGUCCAAAACACUUAAUUGAAGUAUAUUUAUAAUAGCAAAUUAAUAUGGAGUUUUUCA